CUUGUUUGUAGUGAUAGAAGAACUACUGCAAUGUGGGUUUUUAAUAUUGUUCAUUUAGUUUGCUAUUGGUUUAGCAUCAAUUACACGGUGCAAGGAUUCUUCAAGCAAAUUGCUUGCAUGGGGGAAAAUACUAUUUUCGACGUUAAUGAUUUGAAUUUAGCAUCAUUUUUGCGUAAAUCAAAGGUUACUUGGACGAAAGAUGGGCGCCACUUGUAUUCACGUCGGCAGACUCAUAUCGAUGCAAACGGUUCCUUAAUUUUGUACAAAGUAAACUUAUUUGAUAGCGGAAUAUAUAAUCUAACGUUACAAUCUUCGGAAUAUACGAAAACGUUUUUGUUUGAACUAAUUGUACCAAAUACCAAUUUAGAACUUCUGACCGAACAAACCAUUUAUGUUAAAGAGGGCAAUAACAUCUCUAUAGAGAUAAAAACAAACGAUUACGGGUCAUCAAAAUGGAGUUUUGUAAAUAAACUAAACGAGAAGAAAACGCUAGACCUUGUUAACACUAACGAUAAAGAUACUCCUAAUAAAAAAGUUUUUAAAAUUAAAAACGUUUCUUUGAAUGACGAAGGUCGUUAUCAAUUUUUAUAUGAAGUUAAUCGGUGCACUUCAGUGAUAGAUUUAGAUGUUGUUGUUUUUAAUGGUAAGUGUUUCGAUAUACGUUUAACAAUUAAUUAUGUUUCUAACCAGUUUUUGAAAUAA